AUGGUUACUAGUGAUAAUGUUAGAAAAAUUGGUAUAUUUCCUCCAACUCCAAUUAUCACUCGAAAUUCAUCGGAUAAUUUGUGGAUGACAACAAAACUAAAUGCUAUAAUGGAAUCAAUGAAUUAUGAGUGGAAUGUUAAGUGGUAUCAGUCAAUGCCAAUUGAUCAUUUCACUUAUCGAAACAAUGAAUUUUUUAGUCUUAAGUAUCUAGCAAAUUAUUCGUAUUUUCUAUGUGAUGGACCGCUAUUUUUCUACGCUGGCAAUGAGGGAGAUAUUGAAGCAUUUGCGCAAAAUACUGGUAUUAUGUGGGAUUUAGCGCCAAGAUUUCAUGCUGCUAUCGUAUUCGCGGAACAUCGAUACUACGGUAAUUCGAAACCUUAUGGAAAGCGAAGUUAUAUGGAUGUUUUACGACUGGGAUAUCUGAAUGAUAUCCAAGUAUUGGCUGAUUUUGCACAAUUGAUUACGUUUUUAAAAACUGAUCAAGAGGAACUUGGCUUUUGCCCUCCGGGUACCGAAAUACCGGUUAUCGUAUUUGGUGGUUCAUAUGGUGGGAUGCUUGCCGCAUGGCUCCGCAUGAAAUAUCCACAUAUUGUGGAUGGAGCCUGGGCAUCAUCAGCACCACUAAGAAAUUUUUAUGGAACAGGGAUAAAUCCAGAGAGUGUGAGUAAUGUAACAACAACUAAUUAUGUAACUAACGGAUGUGACUGGAAGGUAUUUUCAGAAGGAUUCGUUGCAAUUCAAAAACUAUCAAAAACAGAAGAAGGUCGAAUGAAAUUGAAUCAAAUAUUCCGCUCAAAACCAGGCUUUGAAAUGAAAAACUUUGAUGAUUUCACAAGUCUCUAUUCUUACAUUUAUUCCGCUGUUUUUUACAUGGCUGUGAUCGACUAUCCGUAUCCGACUAAUUUCCUUACACCUUUACCUGGAUUCCCGGUUAAGUAUGCUUGCCAAUAUGCUACGAAAGCUGGAAUAAAUGAUGAAGAAUUAGCAGAACAGUUAUACAACGUCAUCAAUGUUUACUACAACUAUACAGGACAGCUUACUGAUCACUGUUUUACAAGCAAUUGUACAAUAUUAUCACCUUUUCAAAAUAAUGAUGAAGUUAUUGCUUGGAACUGGCAGUGCUGUACAUCGAUGACAAUGCAAAAUUGUGAUCGAAGUGGGGAAAAUGAUUUUUUUUUGAAUACUUGUGAUAAUCCUGAUGGUUUAAUUAAUAUCAGUAUUAAAUAUUGUACGGAAUUAUUCAAAGAUAUUGGUUAUAGCAGUAAUUUCUAUAAACUUCAUGAUACAAUGAUACGUUAUGGAAUGAUAUAUAAUGCUACGAGUAAUACUAUAUUUUCAAACGGUAACUUAGACCCAUGGUCUGCUAGCGGUGUUUAUGAAAAUUCACCUGGUAUUACGAAUGCUAUGAGAAAUGGUGUUUAUAUUUUUUAUAUGUCAGAUGCAGCACACCAUCUUGAUUUACGUACACCUAACACGUGUGAUCCACCAUCUGUAACAUAUGAACGAUUCCAGGUUACAAAUAUAAUAAAAUGCUGGGUUUAUAAGAACUGUACAGAAUUACCAACAUCAAAUCCAUUACCGGAUAAUACUGGUUGGCAUGCGCCAGACAACUGUCAAUUUAUCAAACACGGCUAUCCGUGGGGAUAUAUGGAACCAAAGAAAAGCUGGAAAAUAAUAAGUUCUGCCUUAUUUACCUUAAUGGCGACAAUAUCUGCUAUCUUCACUAGUUAUCUUAUUUCUUGA